UAGAGCAGAAAUCACCCUUUUCCCAGUUUCAAGCCAUGGAUUUCCCACUGAUUUCAAGAUAAGACCAAAAAGUUAUGCACCAAACAAGAGAGAGAAAGUGGAUUUAGAGAGAGAAAGUAGAAAAUAUUUAUAAAAUUGUCCGAAGGAAUUAUCUCUGCAACUCUUCAGCAUAGUCCUGUUAUACAUACUCUAUAUAUAUUAACUUAUAACUUAUUAUAUAUAUAUAGAAAGUGGGAGUAUAUAUAUAUAGAGAGAGAGAGUAAAGGAAGUGAAGGCGUAGCAAUGGCUGAGAAGGGUGGAUCUUCGAGAGUCUCAGCAGCUAAACCUCCAACGAUUGCUCUCCCACCUCGUUCCUCCGUCGAAGCCCUCUUCACCGGAGGAUUUGGGUUGAGCCCUGGACCCUUGACGCUAGUCUCCAAUUUCUUCGAUUCGGGGAGUUGUUCCUUCUCUCAGCUGCUCGCCGGAGCCAUGGCUUCGCCGGUGGCGGGCAUUACCGGUAUAAAGCCGAGCUUUUUGGCGGACAAUUCGACCGAUUGUUCUUCGAAAGAGACGAAUCAGGGAGAUGGGGGUGAGAGGAAUUUAGGGUUUAAGCAGAAUCGGCCGAUGAAUUUGGUGGUAGGUCACUCUCCUAUGUUUAUGGUUCCACCUGGGUUGAGUCCUUCCGUGUUGCUCAACUCACCAGGUUUCUUUUCACCGACUCAGAGCCCCUUUGGGAUGUCCCACCAGCAGGCUCUGGCACAGGUUACUGCUCGGGCUGCAUUAUCACAGUCUUAUAUGCAUAUGCAAGCCGAAUAUCAAUCUUCUUCACUAGCAGCUUCUGCAGACGUUGCUUCCAAUGCAACCAUACAACAACCAGUGGACACAGUAGUAUCUGAGUCUGAGCCUGAAAGUUCCACAAUGGAAUAUUCAGAUGUUUCUCAUUCUGAUAAAAAAUCACUUCCUCCUUCCCUAGCUGUAGAUAAACCUGCCAUCGAUGGCUACAACUGGCGAAAAUAUGGGCAGAAACAGGUCAAGGCAAGUGAUUAUCCUCGAAGCUACUACAAGUGUACACAUCCCAAUUGUCCUGUCAAGAAGAAGGUGGAGCGUAACCUUGAAGGCCAGAUAACUGAGAUUAUCUACAAAGGCCAGCACAAUCAUGAACUGCCUCAACCCAAUAAACGUGCUAAAGGCGGCGGCGGCGAUCCGAAUGGAAGUAACAACUCUCAAGCAAGGCCUGAACUUGGCUCUCAGAUUCAGACAGAAUGGAACAGGUCAAAUGAAACAAUACAUUCUAAUUCAGUAUCUACCCAACUUACACAUGUACAUUUACCUCAAUCAAGUGAUCAGAAGGAACUGGUUGAUGCUGAAAUAGGUGACGGGGAUGAUGAUGAACCAAAUCCCAAGAGAAGGAACACAGCAGUUGGGGCAUCUGAGGUAGCUGUAUCACAUAAAACGGUCACAGAACCAAGAGUCAUUGUGCAGACAAGAAGCGAAGUUGAUCUUUUGGAUGAUGGAUACAAGUGGCGAAAAUAUGGGCAGAAAGUGGUCAAAGGGAACCCCAAUCCAAGGAGUUAUUACAAAUGCACUAGCGUUGGAUGCAGUGUCCGUAAGCAUGUCGAGAGGUCUUCAACAGACCCCAAAGCUGUCGUAACCACGUAUGAAGGAAAACAUAAUCAUGAUCUUCCAGCUGCUAGAAACAGCAGCAACACAACGCAAUUGAAACCACAACGGAUGGUAGCUGAGAAACCCGCCCUACUUGAUCAAAGACCAGUUCUUUUGCAGCUAAAAGAAGAGCGAAUUACAGUGUAAACUGCACCUGCUGGAAUUCUUUUAGAACUUAAAGGAGAUAUAAAUAAAAAGGAAUCAUUCGAUAACUUUUUGAGAAAUCCACAACAAUGGCUGCUUAAUGUAUAGUGGGUUCAAGGAUGAUAUAUGCUUGUGUGUACUAUAUUGUGUGUGGGAAGUUGGAGGUAAUACGUACUGUUAUUUAUUUUUAUUUUUGCCCUUCCUUCUCUCUCUACCAGUCUCGAAACUUUGAACUAGGGCUUGGGAAUUAAGAUCCAAAGCCACUAGGGUAAAGGUAGACCAGUAAAUAUGUACUGUUAUUGUUUGGUUGUAUACGCUCAGAUGAUAUGUAUGCUUUCAGUAUGUAAUUUAAGUUGCCCACCAUUCCUAGUUCAA